GGACUUGCAGCAUAAAUAUUUCCAACGCCUGUCACUGUGAAUUUCAAUUUAUUUCAAUUUGUGCCAUGGUGAUAGGCGGCUGUAUUUAUUUAUUUGCGAUAGUACAUUAGUUAGUGAGCUGGAGUCCCUGCUGCUGAGUUCUGAUAGCAGGUGUGUGUAUCUUGAACUUUGAGACAUGGGCAACUCUCCUUUUCCAACUAAGCUAAAGGACUUUGGAUAUGAAUUCAAAGAUGGCAGUCUGAAGGACAUCAAGACGGGCGGUGGAUUUGAGUUCAACGUCUCAAAGGACGCGGAGUACAACCAGGCGCGGUACGAGGCGCUAGGAGAGGUGAUCACCGAGGAGGUGUACGCGCUGCUGGAGUCGGAGGCCGGCCUGCAGCGGCUGCCGGUGCCCGCCAAUGCCGCCGACGGCGAGCCCACGACCUUUGUGUUCGCCAGCGCCAACUACCGGACGGCCGACAAACUACUACUUCUGGUGCACGGCUCGGGGGUGGUGCGCGCCGGACAGUGGGCUCGCCGGCUGAUUAUCAACAACGGCGUGAAGGAGGGCACCCAGCUGCCGUACAUUGAGCGCGCGCUCUCCGCAGGGUACGGGGUGCUGGUGCUCAACACUAACGAUAAUCGGCGAGUCACCGGCGAGCGGAAACAGUUCAUACGGGACAGCGGGACCCCAGAGCAACACGCUCUCACCGUGUGGGACACCUACGUCAGGGGCGCGGCCGCCACCGAUGUGGCCAUCGUGGCACACAGCUACGGCGGCGUGGUCACUCUGAACCUGGCGGUGCGCCGCUGGGAGGAGGUGCAGAAGCGAGUGUCGGCCGUGGCCCUCACUGACUCCGUGCACAGUAUGGGAGGCGCUCGCUGCGGCCCAGAGGUGCAGAAAUGGCUGGCAGAGUGUGCGGUGAACUGGGUGACCAGCUCUUCACCUCUGGACACCGAGCUCGCUCGUCCGACCGGAGACGCCUGCCGCCGCUCGGCAGGUCACAAGCAGCACGAGUGGACUUCUUGGUCCUGUAUCGAUGCCGUGUUCCCGUUUCUGGAGCAGCGUCUGGAGCAGCGGCGAAAGGCCGCGGCGCCAGCGACACCCACGGAAAAACAGGACGACGGCGACGAGAAGAAGUAAUAACGGGCUGUGAGCGUGCUUGGAGAAUGGCGGAGACAGCGGACAGUUAGCGAAGCCGGUGAGCGCUUACUGAACGGGGCAGCAGACUGUAGAGGGGCCAGUAAGCACGCUUUUUGCCGCCUCUAAGCGCUCCGCUGUGCACAAUGUCUCCACUGUGAUGUGAUAUGUCGGGAUGGGCUCUGUUUUUGCCUGGAGCGAUGCACUGAAACUAUGCAGAACAUUCCCGCGCGUUUGCUAGACUUGUCGCAGUGAUGAAGAAGGCGCUUUCUUGUGUGCAUUGUACUUGAUACGACUGCCUUUAUUCGCCAGUUCCUGUUGAAUAAUUUUACACCAAGUGAUGCACUGCGAGUUUUUUAUAGCGAUUUAUUAGAGAUGUCAAGACGUCAACACUAACCAUUGCAUUGCUGCUUCGAAUCAGCAGUAUCAGUUUGUCCAAUGCUAAUAGCGUUGGUUAAUGGUUGAUAUUCCUCGAUCACUUUUGGAACUGGCGGAGUGGAAUAUUUCAACAGCGUUUUUGUUCAUGACAGCUUCUUAAAUAUUAGUGGCUCAUAUCCCGUUCUCUCCGGGUAAGAGAAUUUCUACAGCAGUGCUGAUUGCCCCAUUGUUAUUGUUUUAUAGAACAUGCAAUGUUACAAUAAUGAAGUUUGCAUUUCUA